AUGCAUCAGCCGCCUCCCAACUCAGCCACAGCCCCCAACGCGCCGCAAAUCAACGUGAAUGGGACUCAACUGCAAGUGGUAGAGAACUUCCCGUACCUGGGCAGCACGCUCUCCCGCAACACCAAGAUCGACGACGAAGUCGCCAACAGGAUCUCGAAAGCCAGUCAAGCCUUCGGUCGCCUCCAAAGCACAGUUUGGAAUCGUCAUGGUCUCCAACUGAGCACAAAGCUGAAGAUGUACAAGGCCGUCAUCCUGCCGACGCUACUGUACGGAGCGGAGACCUGGACGGUGUACACGAGGCAGGCACGUCGACUAAACCACUUCCACCUCAGCUGUCUCCGCCGCAUCCUGAGGCUGAACUGGCAGGACCGCAUCCCCGACACCGAAGUCCUGGAACGGACGGGAAUUCUGAGCAUCUACUCCAUGCUGAGACAAAUGCAGCUGCGCUGGAGCGGCCAUCUGGUGCGCAUGGACGACGAGCGACUACCCAAACAACUCUUCUACGGAGACGUCGCGACGGGUUCUCGUCGUCAAGGAGGCCAAAUUCGCCGUUACAAAGAUACUCUGAAGUCCUCCCUGAAGCGCCUGCACAUCAACCCGACCAACUGGGAAGAGCUCGCCCGCGAUCGUCCGACAUGGAGGAGAACAGUGAAGACGGGCGCUGCUAUCUACGAAACCAACCGCAUCGCCGCCGCCAAAGUGAAACGCGAAGUCCGCAAAUCACAACUUCGCCCAAUACGCAACGCCGCACAACCUCUCCCUACGUGUCCUCGAUGUCAACGGACAUUCCGGGCACGAAUCGGACUUGUUGGACAUCUUCGAACCAACUGCACCUCUCGAACUACCCCAGCCAUCGUCCCCGCGCCCGCCUCUUCCUCGUCCUCUCUUCCGCCAACUAACUCUGACACUCCUUCUGCACCACCACUUCCAUCAUCCUCCUUCUCCUCCACUGCCCCAGCGGUGGCCGUUCAGGCUGCCGUCUCACACAUCGCCAACCACGACACAGCAACCGCAACCACCCCCACCUGCCCUCACUGCGACCGCACCUUCACCUCACACAACGGCCUGGUCGGUCACUUGCGAAUCCAUCGCACAGAGACUGGUGAACCAGUGCCUGGAGCACCAACCUACACCCAUCGCACUCGCCUCCACUGCCCACAAUGCCCUCGCACCUUCCGGCAUCGCAUGGGCCUAUUCGGCCACAUGCGCAUCCACGAGAGCGGAAUUGACCGCAGUCUUGACACACCCACCCCGCCGAGCCCCACUCCCAAUCCAUCACCUUGUGCACCCACUAACCACUCCCCAGCCGACAUCGACGCCACCGACCUUACCACCCCUCACUCCCCCCCUUCCUCCUCCACCUCCUCCUUCACUGCCACAACGACGGCCACUCCGGCGUCUGUAGCGCACGACUUUACCACAUCCGCACCUGACACAACAACAGGCACAACCCCUGCAACCUCCAUCAACAGAUGUGAGGGCCCGGACUACAUCUGCCCUCACUGCGAUCGCACCUUCACUUCACGCAUCGGCCUGGUCGGUCACUUGCGAAUCCAUCGCACAGAGUCUGGCGAACCAGUGCCUGGAGCACCAACCUACACCCACCGCACUCGACUCCACUGCCCACACUGCCCUCGCACCUUCACGCAUCGCAUGGGUCUAUUCGGCCACAUGCACAUCCACAACGACCUGCGGUAG